UUUUCCUUAUCAAAAGUGCAUGGUUCUAUCACAUUUCUUUAUUAUUCAUGAGUGUUCUGCCGUUAGCAGACAGGAUGUCACGAUAUAGGCUUUCUUCCAUUACUUUGCUGAUAUGCUGCUACAUACUUAUAAAUACACGAUACGCCGCGUCGCUUGAAUGUUACAGCUGUUCCAACAUUGAGGAUAUUAACAACUGCACCCUCACUGUUCAGUGCAGUGUCGGUCACUCAUGUUACCAAGAACAAAUGACCAGUGGACUGUCUGUGACUUAUACUCUAGGAUGCAUAGAUAAUAAUCAUUGUGGUACCCACAGACGUUAUUCUCCUAGAGUGAUGGGCCGAGAUUUGCAGGGACGCCAGACUAGCCACUGUCACGAGUGCUGCAGUACUGACAGUUGUAACAAACCUCUCUGUGAACAUUUCAAGCCCGCAGCAUGCUUAGACGAUGAUAAAAUUGACUGUGCUUUCCUGAAUACGGUUACAAAUAUAUGUCAAGACGUGCCAUGAGAAAACCAACAUAGUGGGUAUGCGACCAGCAUGGAUCC